UUCUCAUUAGCGAACAUCAUACUAAAUAGAAGAACAGAGCUGCAAAGCACAUAAAAUUUUAUAUUUCAUAUUGAAUCGUUUUACGUUUGAUUUUAUUGGUAUUUUAUUUAAAAUAAAUUUGCACAAGUAAAAGUUUAUACAGUGUGUUCAAAAUAAAAGUUACGAAAAUAUAAAAAAAUAAAUACUGCCGAAAAACGUGCACCGGUUAAAUUCAUUUAAAGUAGUAACAACAAUAAAAUUGGCUUUUCAUCGAUAUAAAAAUGGCACUGGCAUUCCAAAGCGGGGAGUCUGUUAAACAGGCAUUAUUCGAAGAAUUACAAAAUAUUUUGAGCGCCGACAAAGAUACUCGUAUGAGUGCCGAAGGCAAAAUUCGACAUCUUGAAUUCACAGAAGGCUAUGGCGUUUAUUUGGCUGAGUUAACGAUGAAUCAAAGUUUCGAUUUGGCACUUCGACAGUUGGCAAGUGUGAUGUUGAAAAAAUAUGCCGAAGAUUAUUGGGCCAAUGAUGAAUUGGAUGGCACACAAAAAGCGGUCGUUGCAACAAAUCAAGCAAAAGAUAUGAUUCGAAAAAUAUUGCCCAACGGUCUAUACGAUCCAAAUAGUAAAAUUCGUGCAUCGGUCGCAUACACAAUUUCCGCAAUUGCGGCUGUUGAUUGGCCACACACUUGGACGGAUCUUUUUGAUAUUAUUGUUAAAUGUCUGGGUGGCAAUGAGGACAGCAUACAUGGUGCAAUGCAAGUAUUGGUUGAAUUUUCAUAUGAUUCGGUUGAUUGUCGAGUCGCUGCCAUUGGUCCAGUAAUUCUGAACGAAAUCUAUCGCAUCUUUGAAUCCGAACAGAUGUACAGUGUAAAUACGCGAACCUGUGCUGUCACAAUUUUCAAAUCACUGCUCAAAGCCAUUAAUCAGAAUAUACUAAACAAGGAUCAAAAAGCGAAGCUUCUGAAUCCAGUGUUACCUGUUUUUAUAAAUAAAUUGAUCGGUGCGCUUGGUAGUUCUGGCCAACACACCAGCUAUGCUCUCAAAACUGAGAUCAUCAAAGUGUUGACGUACAUGGUGAACGAAAUGUCAAAAUUCAUCUAUCAAUACAACGAUCAGAUAUUGCCGCCCGUUUGGUCGUUGCUUACGCAAACGGCCGAAAUCUAUGUGAAAGCCGUUGUAAAUGAAACUGAUUCGGCCGAAAAUGGUCAGGAUGAUGACGAAUUGAACAAUUUUAUCACAUUAGUUUUGCAACUGUUUGAAUUCAUCCAUUCGAUUGUCGAACAACACCGUUUCCAGUCAAUUGUGAAAUCAGUUCUUACCGAUCUGGUUUACAUAUCCAUUGUAUACAUGCAAAUAACCGAAGAGCAAGCAACCGCAUGGGCCGAUGAUGCCGAACUCUAUGUGGACGAUAUGUGCGCCGAAGUAGUCGAAUGUUCGAUUCGUGUAAGCAGUAAAGAUGUUUUAGUGAAUAUUGGUGAUGAAUUUGGGGCUGAAGUACUAUUGCCGUCGAUUAACGAUGCAUUGACUCGUCACGUUCAAGUUGCGGAAGCUGAAAAAAAUGCCAACAAUCCACAUUCGUGGAAAAUCAUUGAGGCGAGCGUAACGGCGGUUGGUUUCCUAAAAAAGUAUAUUGUAGAUGGAACUAAAGAGAAUCAAAAACGUUUCAAUUUGCGUGAAUAUUUGGCGUAUACAAAAACAAUGCUCGGACAAGGUGGGAUUGUAGGAACUGGUUAUGAAGGUGAUGUUUCUCCAUUGUUACACGGUCGUUGUUUGUGGGUUCUUAGCAAGUAUGCAGAUGCAGCACCCGACAUUUACGAUCGACAACAGUUACAAUCAAUUUUGGAUUGCAUGACCAAUAAUUUCAACGGUGCCAAACCGAUGGUAGUUCAAAUCAGCGCGAUGAGAGCACUGUUUGAACUUUGCACUGGCUUGAAAAAGGCUUCGGAAGAACAACGCAGCAUGGUCAUUCCGCAUUUACCAUGUUUCCUCAAUUUUAUCACUGACAUCGCAAUCCGUGCCAAAGGAAGCAUUCUUAUUGAUGUUUUGUCCACCAUUUCGGCGGUUGCAGCCUUUGACAAAAACUUCACGGCCAACAAUCACACGAAAAUGAUUUCAUUCACAAUCGCAACAUUUUUGAAGAGUUUCGAUGAUCCAUUUGUUUUGCAAGAAGUUCAGGAAAUUAUUCACGUUUUGGCUGAAAACGAGUGUUGUAUUAUCGCUCUGCAAGAGCGAUUGGUACCAACAUUGGUGAGCAUUUUGAGUUUGGAAAGUAACUCUAAUGUGGAGAAGAAAAGUUGUAUGCAAGAUACGGCAAUGGACAUUUUAGGCACUGUGGUGCAAAAUUCACCGGUUCCAUUGAGCCCGAUUUUAGUGAAUACAGCAUUUCCAGCGACGGUUAAGUGCAUAUUGGCGACUGACGAUAAUGCGAUCAUGCAAAGUGGUGGCGAGUGUUUGCGUGCAUUUAUUAGUGUUUCAUCGGAACAAAUCUGCUCGUAUAACAAUGGCGAAGGUCUGAACUACAUCAUGCAAGUGGCCACUAUGCUUUUAAAUCCAAUGUCCAAUGAAUUUACGGCCACGUUCGUGGGUCGACUAAUCAUUACAAUAGUUACAAAAGCUGGCAACUUCCUCGGUGAUAAUAUUCAAUUGCUAUUGAAGGCUGUGAUUAGUAAAUUACAGCUGGUCGAAGCUUUGAAUGUUGUUAUGAGUUUGGUCAUGACAUUUGCUCAUUUGAUUAUAACCCAAAUGGAAGCUGUUCUCAAUUUCUUGAGCAGUGUGCCAGGACCAAGUGGAACCGAGCCAGCCAUUCAAUUUGUUUUGUCCAAUUGGUUGCCACGUCAACCGAUGUUUUACGGCACAUACGAACGCAAAGUCAGCACGAUGGCGCUUUGCAAGCUCUUCGAACACGGCGUUACCACGAAUGAUGUUCGUUUAGUGUCGGUUACAAUUCGUGACGUCGUUGAACUGAGUGUACCGCUUGAUGGACGUCCUCGCACACGCCGUCAGUCAAGUAACAAUCAACAAAAAUGGAUUGACGUUCCGGUUUUGGUGAAAAUUUUUAAAUUAUUAAUUAGUGAGUUGAACCAUUUGAACGAAAGUAUUUUGUAUGAUAACGAAACUGAUGGUAGUGAUGAUGAAACUGGUUUGACAGAUGAUACCCCUACAGUUCAACAGCAAAAUGGCAACACAUCACAGAAGUUAUUCCACGUAUCAGACCUUUGGUGUGACGAUGACGAGGAUGAAGAUGAUGAAUUGUUGAAAGAGCUUGAAAAGGAUCCAAUCUUCCAAACCAGCUUGAAUGAAACUCUCACGAAAUUUCUACAAAACUUUGCAACAACCGAAAGGUUCGCCGAAUACGCACAACAUCUGAACGAAGAGGAGAAGAGAAUCUUACGAGGAAUUCAAGUCAAUGUUUAAAUAUCACUUACCAUUCAAUUUGAUAAAUGAUUUAAUGGAAUUUUCAAAAAAUUCUUUUUACAAAAAUAAAAUAUUGAGCUCAGAAUGAAUUUUCAUGAUUUA